CCCUGGUGCUUUGCAAGGGUUCAGAUUGCAGAACAGUCACAUAUGGGCAUUUGUAGUUAUAAAUACUUGACCGUUCUCCAGGGGUGGAGUUUCCAACUCUUUAAACAACGCUGUUGCCUGUUACCAAGCUGACUUUUUGCUCUAAGUGCCAGAAUUGAUUGUGGUUAGGACACCUUUCGCUGAGAAAUAAAUAAAAUGGAACAUAAUGGAUCUGCUUCAAAUGCUGAUAAAAUCCACCAGAAUCGCCUAUCAAGUGUUACGGAAGACGAAGACCAAGACGCUGCUCUUACCAUUGUGACUGUGCUGGACAAAGUAGCCUCCAUCGUGGACAGUGUGCAGGCAAGCCAGAAGAGAAUAGAAGAGAGACACAGGGAAAUGGAAAAUGCCAUAAAAUCCGUCCAGAUUGACCUGUUGAAGCUUUCACAGUCACAUGGCAAUACAGGCCAUAUCAUUAACAAGUUGUUUGAGAAAACCCGAAAAGUCAGUGCUCACAUUAAAGAUGUGAAAGCUCGGGUGGAGAAGCAGCAAAUUCAUGUUAAAAAAGUUGAAGUCACGCAAGAGGAAAUAAUGAAGAAAAACAAAUUCCGGGUGGUAAUAUUCCAGGAGAAGUUUCGGUGUCCGACAUCUCUGUCUGUUGUUAAAGACAGAAACCUCACUGAGAAUCAGGAAGAGGAUGUCGAUGAUGUCUUUGAUCCCCCAGUAGACCUCUCCUCGGAUGAAGAAUAUUAUGUUGAAGAAAGCAGAUCUGCCAGGCUUAGGAAGUCAGGCAAGGAGCACAUUGAUAAUAUCAAGAAGGCGUUUUCCAAAGAAAACAUGCAGAAGACACGGCAGAAUUUUGACAAGAAAGUGAACAGAAUUAGAACUAGAAUAGUGACCCCGGAGAGGAGAGAAAGGCUAAGGCAGUCAGGAGAGAGGCUGAGACAGUCAGGAGAGAGGCUGAGACAGUCAGGGGAGAGGCUGAGACAGUCAGGAGAGAGGUUUAAGAAAUCUAUUUCUAAUGCAGCUCCCUCCAAGGAAGCUUUUAAGAUGCGUAGCCUCAGGAAAGGUAAGGACCGAACAGUGGCAGAAGGUGAGGAAUGUGCCAGGGAGAUGGGCGUGGACAUCAUUGCCAGGAGCGAAUCUGUGGGUCCCAUCAGUGAACUCUACUCUGAUGAGCUCAGUGAACCAGAACAUGCGGCAGCCAGGCCGGUGUAUCCUGCCCAUGAAGGAAGGGAAAUCCCCACCCCUGAGCCUUUAAAAGUUACUUUUAAACCUCAGGUGAAAGUAGAGGAUGAUGAAUCUCUUUUGUUAGAUUUGAAGCAGUCAUCAUAAAGAGGAAUUAAGUGUAUCCUAAAUAUGAAUCUCCUAAUCAUGCAGUUUUUGUUUGAAUAGUGUGUAGUCAUCUAUAUUUCUGUGCCAUGUAGGAAAACAUAAAUGCUUUUUUUUCUUAUAUUUAAAAUCUUGAGGGUAGUAUAAAUAUUAUAUACAUUUCCUUGUAACUUCCUUGGGAAUUCUUCCCCCCACUGCACUGCCCCCCACCACCCGCCCCAAGGUUAUGUGAUUCCUGCAGCUUUUUCUCUUAGGUCACUCUUUCUCACGGCAGCUGUGGAUUUUUUAGUUCUUUUCUCUUGUCCACCAGAAAAAUAGUUUCCUAGGGUGGGUCAGUUACAUGUUUGGUAAGGGCAACUUUGUGGCCAUCAUUUGCAAGUGAACUUUAAAUACUGGUUAGGAUUAAUAUUGUGGCCAACCUCAAAGGGGAGUAACUCACGUGUGGGUUGUAUCAUCCAAAUAUUCAGAUCAACAGAUUUGUUAGUAAAUUAGCAGUCACACCCCUUUAUUGAUGCUUUCACAUUAAAUAAUUGAAGUUCUGGACUUGAACAUCUGCCUCUAGUAUCAUAGCUUUACUUACAAGAAAACCCUUGGCAAGUCAUCUGUUUAUUCUCAUCAGUGAAGAUGGAGAGGGUUGGCUGUGCUGUCCGCCUCAGAGGACUGUUGUGAAGAUCAAAGGAAAUGGUACACAUUCUGGGGACUAAGAAGCACACCCAGAGAAGGCAAGCCUCACCAGUUCCUGAAAAAACAGAAUCGAAAGAAUUAUACCCUCUGAAAAAGCCCUGAGCACCAAUUGAUGAGGUCCUAGGUUGGACAGAAACUAAAGUUGGUCUUCAGAAGACUUUUCACAGAAUCAAGAGUAAAAAAUAAAUAACUGUUUGGGUGACCACUUUUUCAUCAGACUAAAACUAAACCUUGGGUUUUAGUUGGGUCUCAAAGUGUUCCCUGGCUAAGUCCUUUCUGAUUUCCUUUCAAUUAAGAUCUUCGGUGGACUGUAGUACUGCAUUUGGCUGAGCAGUAUGAGGCAUAACAUUGUGGCUGUGUUGUCAAGUGGGCCUUUCUAAAGUUGGCCCUGAUGCAUUGUGUUUGGAAGUGACCUCAAAUAUUCUUGUUUUUCUGAGUGUGCUCUUCAGGGCCCAACUGUCCAAAACAAUGUUCAUAGGAGUUAAUCGUAGCGGCUUUGGGAGGAACCCAGAUUCCCCUUGUUAGCUUUAGCUUGUUGAAUCCAGAAAUUAGAACAAUGUCUAUUGUUGCUAAAGAAAGAAAGAAAUGGGCCAGGCACAGUGGCUCAUGCAAGCAAU